AUGGCCAAGGUGUCACGGAGCUCGCUCCAUUUCUCGGUUGAUGUUGGUUCGGCUCGACCAUGGGAACAUGUCUUUGUUACUGGUUCAAUACCGAGUCUCGGGCUGUGGGAUCCGAAUAAAGCAGUUCAACUGUCACCUGAUCCAAAUGCGCAGGGGCGGUGGAUUGGCGCGGUAGAUGUGGGCAGUGAACCGGUGCAUUUUCGUUAUUUCACCGGAUAUUAUCUCGAUAGUGGUAAAGAAGGAUGCACAAAGGAGUUAAUAGUGAGUAAAUGGGAAACGUUCUUACAUCCACGAUCAAUUCUUCCAGCGAUUGAGUCUGCAAGUGGUGUAUGUCAUGCUCAUGUUACUGACACAUUUGGUCACAACGCUGGUAAAGAACAGCUCAGAGAUGGAUGGUUGAUGGGCGAUAAUCAAAAUGAGAUUCUACUGCGUUUGCAUGGUACACCGUUCAAGUUCUACAAAAGUCGUCAUGCGAAUCGUUCAUAUCGAGUUAAAGUGACACCUUUCGAUCUGCGCGUUAAAGAGGCGGGUAGUGCAGACGACGAUGAUCUAGAUGACGGACAGGAACCUUAUGUUCCACCUGCGCUGCCGUCCUUCUCAGAUUCAUCUCUUGCGAUUCUCUCNUGGUUGAAUUUGAAGAUUCUCUCCUCCGACAAUCCAUGCUAUCGUGAUCAACCGGAGAAUGGUGAACCGUUUCGUGUUGAUCGAGAUUAUUUUGUUUUCAAAACAAUUUCGGUUGCAGUCGAAUUUCUGGGAUUUCGUGUCGAGUUGUUCGUCAAUGAUGAUGAAAGUGAAAAUACAACAAAUUCGUACAAACGUUUUGCUAUCUCAUAUGCCCUACCGUCCACAAUGCCUGGCACUUUCGGUAUCGCGUCGUUACCAUUACUUGCUAAGAGCAAUCGACCUAUUGGCCAGAUCAUGGUUGAUUAUUUAUUCAUUCAAUCGCUAAAGCAACCAGUACCUCCACAAACGAUGCGAGUUACAUAUGGAAAACAUUGGAAGAAGAGGCAAACAUUGGAAGUAGGUCAUCGUGGAAUGGGCAAUUCAUAUACGAAAAUGGCUGCGGGCCGCGAGAACACAAUCCAUUCGCUCAACUCGGCUGCAAAAAACGGAGCCGAUUAUGUGGAGUUUGACGUGCAACUUACUAAGGAUAAGAUUGCGGUGAUAUUUCACGAUUUCCAUGUGCUCGUUAACGUUGCUAAAAGAAAGCCGCAUCAUCUGGGAUCAGAAUCACAAAACGAUUAUCACGAAUUAGCUGUGAAGGACUUGAAACUGAAACAGCUCCAUUUGCUGCAUCUGGAACAUUAUCAAGCAGUGAAUGGGGUCAAGAAAGAGGGAAUAUUGAAAGUGACUGAUAGUACUGAAGAGGCGGAUGAACGUAUGCCGUUUCCAACGUUGGUUGAUGCGUUAAAGCAGGUUGAUCCUAGUGUUGGAUUCAACGUCGAAGUUAAAUAUCCGAUGAUGCAAAAGAAUGGUAUUCACGAGUGUGAGAAUUAUUUCGAACAUAAUACGUAUAUCGAUAUAAUCUUAAGAGACGUAUUGGUGAAUGCGGGUGAUCGUCGUAUCCUUUUCUCGUCGUUUGAUCCUGAUGUGUGUACGAUUCUCGCUGCAAAACAACACAUUUACCCAGUACUAUUUCUGUGCAAUGGUCUGACGACCCGCUAUGAGCCAUUCGUUGAUUUGCGUGCAUCAACAUCUACCGCUGCCGUUAACUUCGUUGCUAGUCUAGAUACAUUAGGUGUAAAUUUCCAUUCGGAAGAUCUUUUGCGUGAUCCAUCGCCACUGUAUCGCGCCAAUAAAUUUGGAUUGGUGUCGUUCGUUUGGGGUGAUGAUUUGGAUAGUAAAGAAAACAUCGCAUAUUUCAAGAAAGAACUCUUAGUUGAUGGCAUCAUUUACGAUCGGAUCGGUGAACUGGAGCCUCGUCGAAAUGUGUUUUCGGUUGAACGUGAGGCAAAGGCGGCGUUAUUCCGUCGCACAGUGUCACCAGCAGCACCGCGUACAGUGUCGUUGUCAGUGGAGGAAUGUCCCGACUCUCCAUCAGCAUCCGACUCGUCGAUGUCUUCGUCAACAACCGAAUCGCCAGUUCAAACACCACCGUCCCAUCGCAGAACUCGUCAUUCGGUUAUCGAAAUAUACUGUCCUCGUGUUUGA